ACCAAAUCAUCUUCCUCUAUUUUCUCUGCUCUUACGAAUUUAAACCUCACACUAAAAGUUCAAAAAUACAUUUUUUGAAAAAAAUUACAUCAAUGGCCAAUCCUAGCGAAGUCUCUUCUGCACUUUGGUUAAUCGAGAAGCAUCUUCUUGACGAGCUUUCACCCGUGGCUACCGAUCCAUGGAUGAUACACCAAUCAGCAUCAGCUGAAACUAGCUCCGGUUCUGAAAUCAUUGAUCUCUCGACGCCGAGAUUCAUGGAUUUGAUUUCGACUCCAUUUGAAUUCGACAUUGACGUUUCCGUUUCCGUUUCCGGUUUUGAAUUUAAACCAAAUUAUCAAACCGGAAAUCAAUUUGAACCGGAGCUUAAAAAUCAAUCCACCUCUGACGACUCGCAAUCAAAACGAAAACCGUCACUGAAGAUCUCUGUACCAAACAAAACCGAAUUGGUUCAAUUUAAUCCGAAACCGGAAGUUACUAAACCGGUUCAACCGGAAGAGCAAAGGCAUUACCGAGGAGUGAGACAAAGACCGUGGGGGAAAUUCGCGUCUGAGAUUCGCGACCCGAACAAACGCGGAUCGCGCAUUUGGCUAGGGACGUUUGAUACCGCGAUUGAAGCGGCUAGAGCUUACGACGAAGCAGCGUUUAGACUUCGAGGAUCGAAGGCCAUUCUUAAUUUCCCACUCGAGGUUGGGAAGUGGAAGUCACGCUCCGACGCGGACGGUGAGAAGAAGAAACGGAAGAGAGACGACGAUGUGGCGGUGGUGGUAGAGAAAGUGUUGAAGACGGAAGAGAGCGUUGACGGCAAAGAGGCUUUUAACUUGACGGAGUUAUGCAAUUGGGACAACUUCCCGCUUUUGUCGCCGUUAUCCGUUAACUUGACCGUUGUUUGAGUUUUUUUUUUCUUUGUGUGCACGCUAACGUGGAAGUACACGUUUGCAUGAGCUUAACAAAAGAAAGCAGAUACGUCAAGACAUGUGUUCAUGUCUUUUGCUUAAUUUAUAUUUGUUCAUUCUUUUUCAUACUACAUUAAUACGAUGUUUUCACUCAAUGAAAUACCAAGAUUACUAGAAGAACUCAGAAUAGUUCAACGUACAAAGUUUACUAUAAUAUCAUUUAAUUUAAUGCCAUUCACAUUGAAGAGC